AUGGCCUCCGCUGCUUGGGGGGCACGAGGGCGCAUCGGCAGCUCCUCCAGCACCAGUGGGAGCAGCAGCAGCAGCAGCAGCGGCGGUCUCUGCGUCAUAGGAACUGCGUGCCGCUUUGGCAGCGGCCGGGACUCGGCUUCUGAAGAGGACAACCGGCUAAUAAAGAUAGAGGUGGAGGGCGAAGAAGUGCUUGUAGAUCGCUACGAUGUGCGGCUGCUGCUGGGGGACGUCGCGUCUUUCGCGCGUCAGAACUGCAGCGAAGAGCGGAGGUUGAUGGAGCUGCAGGAGAGUCCCGAGAUAGAAUCCAUGCGCUACGAGGACCUUCCGCGGCGCUCGGCCUUCUCAGACGAGCUGCCCUCGUCGGAGCAGCAGCAGCAAGGGCAGCAGCAGUGGACGCCUACGCUAGAGCAGCAGCAGCAACAGCAGCAGAGGAAGAAGCAACGUACAAUGACUGCAGCAGCAGUUUCUCCGGCGCCGCCCAGCGACGGGGCCCCAGUUCCCGAGGGCCCCGACUACAGCGCUGUCCCUCCUCCAGACUCUCUUGACGCUGCUACAGCAACAACCGGUGACUCUGCGGCUUCCCCCGCAUCGGAACAGCGCGAACACGGCACUGCAGCUGCACCAACAGCCGCACCAGCAAAGGAGGAGGCAGAAGCAGAGCAACAGCCGGAAAGCAGCAGCUCUGCUGCUACAGGCCUAAACGCCCAGGCUGACCACUCUUCUCAGCAGAGUCCCCAACAGCCGGGCAAACAGCAGCAGCAGCAGCAGCAGGAACACAGCAGCGAGUGCUUCGUUCCUCCGUUCCCAGACCUGCCGACUGACAUUUCCUUCCCUGAAAAUAUAAGGGAGUACUUAGUGGUUGAGCGGACGGCACACUUCGUUCGAGAGGAGGGCGAGCGGAUGGAGUUUCGUUUGUUGCUGGAUGAGGAGCGGCGUUUUCCUUUUUUAUCGUCGAGCCAUCGCCUUCAUCCAUUUUACACUUGGCUAAAAAGACAGGGGCACUCUUUGGUUACACGCGGAGCAGCACUGCUGCCCCCUCGGAUCAAAGCAAUGCUUGAGUUCGUCUACUCUCUAGGGUGCACUGCAGACCUGCACAAGCAGCAGCAGCAAGAGCAGCAGCAGCAACAGCCAGCACAGACUGCAAAGGGCCAAAAUGAAGAGGAGGGAGCCAAGGCGCAGCAGCAGCAGCAGUCUCCGCAGCAGCAACAGCAACAAAAGCAGCAACAGCAACAGCCCAAGCAUGACCCUGAUGGUGGGCUGGGGCUACUGCUGUCAUACGGCAGUGAUGAUGACGAGGAAGACCCUGUGUCUUCUCAGCAGCCGAAGGAGGAAGAGGAGCAGAAACUGCAGCAGCAGCAACAGCAACGGCAGCAACAACAACAGCAGCAACAACAUGAAAGCGAGCAACAACGGGGCCAGACGAAAACUAAACAGGAAGACGCCCUGAACGCAGGCCCCUCAAAAGCAGCGCCAUUAAAGAGAAAGCCUCCCCCUGCCCCGCCUUUACCCUCUGUAGCAUCGGCAGCAGCAGCAUCCCCAGCGCCAGCAGCGGCAGUAGCAGCGGGGGGAGGGGACGAUGCGAACGGCGAAGAGGAAGAGGAAGCGGAGGAGGACUCGGAAGACGAGGGAGACAACAGAAGCAACUCAAAAGAUCUGACAGCAAUGUGGCGUUCUGCACGCGUUACCCGUUUCUCGUUAAAGAAGAAAAAGCCCCAAAGUUUGUUCAUAGAACGCAACAGGGAGGACCUGGAAGAAGAAGAUAUCGACGCCAUGAUGGAGGCCCUCCCCACGAAGCCCCCAUGGGCCCCACCUAACAACAAAUUAGGGCUUUCCAAGGUCUGCCAGGGACACUCUCCUGCUGUUGCUGCCCUUGAGGCUCCUGCUGCUCUUGCUGCUGAUGUUGCCGCUGGCGCUAAUAUUGUUGCUGGGGAGCUCUGCCUGUAUGCGUGCGCGUACGGGUCUCGUAUGCCUGUAUGCAUGCUUGGGCCCUCAUUGCUUUUAAGGCUUCAAUUGGGGUGUGGGACGCUGCAGUACGAAGACGACGCCUCGCCUUUUCCUUUUCUCCGGACUUCUUCGAUGGACCUCCGAUACGUGUUGAAGUGUAUAGAGACAGAGAUUCAAAAGGAAGGGUUCAUCAAGCCCCAGCCCCUGCGAGGACCAACGCAUGAACUGGCUCGAAGUUUCAUGGCGCGGUUGCAGUUGAACCACCACCUGCAGCAGCGAAAGCAAAAGCUACUGGAGGAGUGCAAGCGGCUAUCGGGAGAGACGCAGGAGAAUCAGUCUUUAGAUUAUUUAAAGCGAGUUGAAGCAGCAGCAGCAGCAGCAGCUCCUGCUGCAACGGAAGCCGGCAGCGGCGCCAACAAGACCUCCACAGACGACGCAGCCGCUGCAGCAGGAGCAGUAGCGGCUGCAGCACUAACGCCAGCGGUUGCAGCUGCGCCGUACGACAUUGGGGCUGCCGCAGUACCAGCAACAGCGGCGGAGCUCGAAAUGACUACAGCAGCAGCAAGUGGGAUGGCUGCAGUUACCGCUGACCCUGCUACUAUGAACUAUUUUGCUAUACCGCAGAGCCAGCUGUCUCCUGAAACUGCAGCGCACUUGCAUAUGCUGGUGCAGCAAAUGGCAGCAGCCAGUGCAGCAGAUGAUGCAGCAACGUACAUGGCAUGCUACACGGCGUACUGUUACGCACUUGCUGCUCUGUCUCCUGAGGCAGCAGCAGCGGCAGCAGCAGCCUCAACAGCGGCUGCGGCGCCAGCAUCACCGUCACCAGCAACAGCAACAGCAACGGCAGCGACAGCUGCAGCACCUGCUGCUGCAGUAACAACAGUAACAGCAGCGCCAACCGUGGCAGCGGUCCCAUUGGACCUGGAUGCAGUUGCUGAGACCUCACAGGAGGGUUUGCCCAAGUAG